GUUCAUCUCUACCCGUCGUUUUGAAAGCAAAAAAGGAAAUUGUUUUUGAAAGUCUUGUUUCCUAUUGGGCUUGAAAACCUAAUGUCACUUGUUAUACGAUAGGCCCAGAUUGCCAGAAUAGAGGCUUCUAUAAUCUACCACUACCUUCGUGCGCUCUCUUUCUCUCUCUCUCUCUCUCACUUACACACACAGCUUCGUCGCUCUGAUCUCUUCUUCCGACGAAAACGUUUCAGUGGCGAGGGCUAGAUUGCUCGAUGGACAUAAUCUCCCAACUACAGGAACAAGUCAACACAAUUGCUUCUCUUGCCUUCAAUACCUUUGGAACACUACAAAGGGAUUUUCCUCCAGUUAGACUUUCACCAAAUUACCCAGAACCACCUGCAAAUCCGACGGAGGACGCAGAGAAUUUUGCUGAACAAGCCAAGCUCAUGAGUGCAGCUCUGGUUAAGGCUGCUAAGCAGGUUGAUGCAUUAGUUGCAGCACUUCCUUUAGCUGAGGGAGGGGAAGAAGCACAGCUGAAAUGGAUUGCAGAACUGCAGGCUGAAAAUGACGCUGUUGGCCAAGAACUUCAGAGGCAACUGGAAGCUGCAGAGAAAGAAUUAAAGGAGGUCCGUGAAUUGUUCAGCCAAGCAGCAGAUAAUUGCUUGAACUUGAAGAAACCCGAUUAAAGAUGUAGUGUCUUCUGUCAAUGUAAAACAAUCUGUAAUCUCUCAGGUCUCCCUGUUCAAAUUUUCAUGACAGCUUCAACUUUUUUAAAAAAAAAUUUACAAAUUAUGAACUCCUAAAUGCUUA